ACGCAUUGUGUACGUCUGAGUUGCAGACGCAUGCAGUAGUGCACCGCGCGCAUGCAAAAUGGUAGCGCGUCUCGCGUUCGUCGCGCUCUGCGUCUGCGCAACUUUUGCGCGCGCUGCGCAGCCAGCCGCACGAAUCUUGAUCGACACUUCAGGAUACUAUAGAACCACAGUACGACCACAAAGAAGUGAUAUUGCGAGAUGGUCUACUUCAGAGUUGGUGGAAGACCUUCGAAACACCAAGUCCGACGCGCUGCUUCUGUACACAGAAUAUACAUCGUACGCUGCUGCCGAUCUGAAUGAAUUCCUUAAGAACAUCUCCUCGCUAACUCAGGACACUAUCAAGAAUAUGGAAAACAGGGUCCUGGAUAGAGCUUCAAGGGCGUGUCGUGAUGAAUUCGAAAAGCAUAUAAGAAAAGUAAUAUUCGACUCGCAUCGCGCCGCCAGCUUCAACGGGGAGAAUCACCACAAAUUCUUCCUGGGACACAUGAUCGUGUUCCGGAUGCAUCUGAAUAAGAGCGAAGAUUACAUACGUAGGUGUGAAAGAAUAACCAGAGGUUGUGAAGUUCAAUGCGAAACCUCGCCAAGAAUAAUACGAUGGAAGCGUAUAGCUAUUAGCGAAUUAAAUAGAGUCAAGGAAGAUGUUCUUCAUUCUAGAAGAUUCUACAAGGACUUACUUCUUCAUUCUCGAAGAAAGCUAAAAUGUUUGAGGAGGUUGGCACAAUUGCGAGCCAAAUCUGCAGUCCAGGCGCUGGAACAGUGUGUAUGCCACACUAGUUGUUAAUUAUAAUUAUUUAGAAAGAAUUUAUAACUAAAAUAAAUCUAAAAAAAUCUGUCUUCCAAAAACAAAUAUCAAUCACAUUUUUCUUCUUUCCAAUUUUCAAAAAAUGUAAAUAACUUACGAGUCCGAUAUGUAUGUGUGUAACUCGCCAAUAUAUUAUGUUUUACGAAUAACGACAAACUUCGUCAAGGCUUCAGAAGAUAUAUAUUCAGAAUAUAAGAUAAAAUUAUGAACAAAAUAUAUUAUUAUACCAAUUAAGUUAUUGCUAACAAUAUUUUUAAACAUCAUUCUUAAGGCGAAGACGUUUGAUAUUGCGAAAGGAUUUAUUGUCAAAAUAUAAUUAUUUUAUCUAAUCAUAUGAUUACUAUUAAACACUGAGGGCAUUAAAUGGUCAUAAGGGGGAGAAACAUUGAUGUGUCCUUUUCUUUUGAAUGUCAAAACAGUGAUGCCAGAAAGAGAUAAAUGGGUGUUUAACUAGACAUCUGCUUAACAACUUUUAUAAGUGAGGCAAGUUUGAUUUCCAUUUUGACAACAUUUUCCGUCGUAUGUAGCUAACAUAAAUAACUCAUUAUUAUGAGGAACGAUUAAUAGUAUCAGAUUGCAAUUUAAUAAAUAAUAAU